GUAUAAAAACACCUUUGAAGACUUCAAACGGGGUGCUGGUGGUAUACUUUGUGUACGCUGUGUUGCUGCUUUGCAGACGGACCACGCUGGUCGGAUCGCUCUCCUGGGGAAGAGAGGAAGAGACAAUCAGCUGACGAAGGAAUAUUGUGGAGUCUCAGUGAGAAAGAGUGGACACAGAGCCAUCAAGAGCGCAGUGAACAGAGGUUAUUGGCAACAAAGCUUCGUCUCCGCUGUACCAACAGAAGCCAAACUUACUAAACUGGAAGCUCAUCCAACAGCUCAUCUUGAACUUGGGCACACGGAGAAAGUUUUUCCUUGGGCUGAAACAAAUGAUUUGAGCUCUUGUGAAACUAUUUUAACAAAGAAGCUUCAAAAUCUCGAGUUACAGAUGAAAGGGUUGCAUCCCAGCAGUGUGGAGCGCUCGGCCCCAUUUUUACUUACACCACCAAACCCACUGCAAAACCUUGAGCUGAUGGAUCCUGAAACAGACCAGCAGGAGACGAUAUCACACCAUCAGACCUCCAAAUACCUUACUGAUAUCAAACAAGAAGGUGAGGGUGAUGAGGAAGAUGUGUUUGUGCUGGAGUUGCAGAGAGGAUCAUGUGGUUUGGGUCUGGCAUUGGUAGAUGGACAGGAAACACAAUUUAAAGUCAAUGGAAUAUACAUCAAAUCCGUAAUGCCGGAAUCUCCUGCUGCUUUGUCCCAGCGGCUGAGACCAGGGGAUCGUAUUCUAGCAGUGAAUGGACUCAGUCUGGUUGGGGUGGACUACCAAACUGGCAGGGAGCUCAUUCAGACAUCAGGAGACAGACCCCGAUUACUAGUUGCCAAAUCUGACAGAAAUACAAGAGAAGCAUAACAUUCCUCUCACAAAACAACUUUUCUACAUUUUUUACCAAAUGCUUUUAUGUAUAUGUCUUUUAUUUUAUUGUUAUACGUGUGUGUGUGUGUGUGUGUGUGUGUGUUUCAUUAAUUGAAUUUUGAGAUUAAAUGUAUCGAUGUUUUUUUGAAAUGAUAAAACAUUUGUUAAUGUAUGUCUUAUACAAAUGGCCUCAUUGCCUUGACCAACUAAGUAAAACCUUUUUUUUUCAAAUGCUGCAUCCUUAUUGCAUAGACCAAAGUUUCUACAAUAAUUUGUUUUAUUCUUUAAGUGUUAAUUGUUUGUCAAUGUGCAUCCCAGAAAAUACAUUUUUCACUUUUUGCCAUUUGAUUUGGCUGGAUUGUCUGAGGUGGUGCGAAAGAGUGGAGGAUGGGACUAUUUGCAUAUUUAUAUACAGUGAAGACAAUAAGUAUUUGAACACCUGAGAAAAUCAAUGUUAAUAUUUGGUACAGAAGGCUUUGUUUGCAGUUACAGAGGUUUGCACACACUGCAGGAGGGAUUUUGUCCCACAAAAGAUGUUUAAUUCUUAAGGUGAAGGAAUGUAAUAGAUGUGCUGAGUGAUGGGCACGUUAAGCCACGCCCACUUGUUUAUGUAUGGGGUUUCCACGCACACCCGGAAGUUAGCUGUAAACUAAGUAACCCUGCAAUGAGUGUGUCUGUCUGCUUUCUCUUUAAUAUCGCAGCAUAUUACAGUCAUAUCCUAACUAUCUUAUAGAUCCAAUUAGAGUCCAGAUGUCAUUAGAUGUCUCUCCCCAUCAGGAAAUGAAGGAAAUGACUAAAUCUAUACUCUAAUAUUAACUUUGUAGUGAGGUAAUACUUCAAAUCAACCAUGAGUCAGAUACAGAGAUGAAGGGAAAAACAGCAAGCAGGAGACAAAGUAAUGUAAAUAUAAUAAAGGUGUUUUAUUUAAUAAUAUUUCUAUUUUAUUUAUUAAUAUAAUAAUAUUCAUUAGAGGGCAUCAACACAUCAUUAAG